AUGAAGAUUCAAACUUUUAACGAAGAUCAAAUCUUGGAGAAGAUCCAACGCAACAGCCGAACUAACCAGGUCUUGAUGUUCUUCGUUGGCGCCAUCAUUGGCUUCUUUGGCGUUCUCAUCUUCCAUCUUCUUCAGCGAGUUUGCGAUCUGACUGAAGAAGUCGAAAUGCAAGAAAAACUGAUGAAAACUGGAUUCAAGUACCUCCUCGCUGCAAUGAAAAAUCGCAACAUUACUGAAUAA